AUGUUGUUGCAGCGAACACUCCUUGCCCUCGCAGCAGUGAGCACUGUUGCUGCUGUGCCGCUGGAGAAGCGACGGCUCGACGACUGGCUGUCCAACAGUGCCUCAUCCUUCAUCGACUUCGGCAAAAGGCACUCAUGGGGAGGACGCAACGCUCAACCGGGACAAUGUAACCUUGCCGCCGUACAACUACCUCAAGGUAAGAAGGAUUACACUGAACUCGCCCCAAGAAUCCAUCGCUGACAGCCUACGCAGCGCCUAAGCCCCUCCCCGAGCCCUCAGAAGGCUUGCAGCUCUACCACGUCGCCGUCGGCCGCGGAACACAGAACUACACCUGCGACCUCAGCAACACCACCGCCGUGCCGCAAGCCACCGGAGCCCUCGCCUCCCUCUUCAACGUCACCUGCAUGUCCGCCGACAACCCCCUCCUCCUCUCCAAAAUCCCCGACAUCGCCCUCCAACUCCCCGUCCCGUCCACCAGCAACGCGGCCAGCCCGGCCUCCCAAGACCUCUCCGGCCACCACUACUUCACCGACCUGACGACCGCCUACUUCAACCUCGACACCUCCCUCACCGCCUUCGGCCAAGGCGCUUUCAAAAAGAUCAACUCGACCAAUGCCCCCGCCGAUGCCAUGGACGGCCAAUGGGGCCAGGGCAACGGCGCCGUCGCGUGGCUCAAGUUACAGGCCAAGAGCGAAGACGAAUGUGCUUUCCAGGAAGUCUACCGCGUCAACACCGCGGGCGGGCAACCGCCUGCGACGUGCGAGGGUCAGCAGGCGGCAUUCGAGAUUCAGUAUAGUGCUGAGUAUUGGUUCUAUUCGUAA